UUAGAAGAAAGGAAUACAAACAAAGACCCCUUUUAUUUUCGCCUUUAUAUCCUGGUUUUGGGUGUUUAUGCUGGCAUACGAAUUGUUUUUGCGCUCCUGACAAAGUUACCUGCCUGUCACACACUAUCAGAAAUGUCUGAUCAAUCUUUCUUCCAAUUUUUUAAGUGGAUCUAUCAGGAGAGAUACUUUGUUGGUCGUGGUCUUGUUGAGAAAACAACUGACUAUCUACGAUAUUUGCUCUAUUGGUUGGUGAUAUUUGCUUGCAAGUUCACCUUUGCCUACUUUCUUCAGAUCAAACCGCUAGUUGGACCUACUCAGAUCAUACUCGAUCUUCCUUCCCUGCAGUACUCCUGGCAUGAUUUUAUAUCAAAGAGUAAGUCAACAUUUCUUAUUGGUUUCCACGUGGUCCAAAAUUUAACUCCAUUUAGGAUUGUUAUUUACCACCACAGUCGGCUUCACUUCUGGUGAUUUUACAACAACAACAAC